UGAUAUGACACGUCUGAAACGCUUAUUGCUUUUUGUAUUUUUAUUUUAGUAUUUUUGUUUUUAAAAUUUUCUGUGAUUUCUAUUGGAAGAGAGCCAACUCUCUUUUUUUGUCUAGAACCAGGCUCUCUGUCUUCACCUAUUUUUUUUCUUUUUUGUUCUUGACGAAUCAUGGGUAAUAAUCCUUCGAAGAAAUCCGGCAAAGAACGCCCAAAGAGUCUCCCAAGCCGCCUUGAACUGCCAGACAAUGAUUUUAGUACAAACACCGCAUCGUCUGUCAGCUCGAUUCUCAUAAAUUCACAAAAUUCCUAUAAUCGAAACAACCAACAGCAACAGCAGCAAGCACAACAAAGCGCUUUAAGCCAACUUAAUCCAAACUAUCCGACAGGCCGCAAAGGAUCACCGCCGCCAGGAGCAACCAGCAAUGGUCCAGAAUUGGAAUCUCCCGAAGACGGCAAUGCCGCUGACAACGAUGUCGAUUCAAACCAAUUGACUGUCAACUCAAUUAAUCAGCUCACCGUGAGCUCCAUGAUCAGUAUCAAUGGAAAAACCAUGGAUAUUGAUGACUAUAUACACCGACUUUUGGAAGCUGGUUACGCGCCAAAGGUAUCCAAGCAACUUUGUUUAAAGAAUGCAGAAGUCACUGCUAUCUGCCGAGCCGCUAUGGACGUAUUCCUCAGUCAACCCUCUUUGAUCGAAUUAACUCCUCCUGUCAAGAUUGUAGGAGAUGUCCACGGUCAAUUUACGGAUUUGAUUCGGCUAUUUGAUAUGGGCGGUUUCCCUCCAACCUCCAAUUAUCUCUUCUUAGGAGAUUAUGUUGAUCGUGGAAAGCAAAGUCUGGAAACCUUCCUAUUACUAUUAUGUUACAAGCUCAAAUAUCCUGAAAACUUCUUUAUUCUACGAGGCAAUCACGAAUGUGCCAAUGUCACUAGAGUGUAUGGCUUUUAUGAUGAAUGCAAACGCCGAUGCAACCCCAAGAUCUGGAAAACAUUUGUAGAUGUCUUCAACACACUUCCUAUAGCUGCUCUUGUAGCUGGUAAAAUCUUUUGUGUACAUGGAGGUUUAAGUCCGUCGAUGCAUAGUAUGGACGAGAUUCGCAAUAUCCAACGACCAACUGAUGUGCCGGAUUAUGGACUGCUUAAUGACUUACUGUGGUCGGACCCGUCGGAAACAGCUAUCGAUUGGGAAGAUAACGAGAGAGGAGUGAGUUAUUGCUUUGGAAAGAAAAUUAUCAACGAGUUCUUAGCCAAGUUCGAUUUGGACCUGGUUUGCCGAGCACAUAUGGUUGUUGAAGACGGCUACGAGUUUUUCAACGAACGGACCCUGGUUACUGUAUUUUCGGCACCAAACUAUUGUGGAGAAUUCGACAACUUCGGUGCAAUCAUGAGUGUUAGUGAGGAGCUGUUGUGUAGCUUUGAGCUGUUGACACCUGCAGAUCAUCCAUUGGCAAAGGAAAGACAAGGUCGCGGAAAGAGGCGAACUAGUCCACCGCUUCAAGAUGUCCGUCAAAGCGUUUAAUUAAAGCCAAGCAAGCUCCACUUAUUAUCACAAUGUUCAGUCCAGCCAACAAAACCGCAACAAACUCCA